CCUCUUCUCGCUCUUGUCGCUCUGCUCGUCCUCGACCGACUCCCGCCCGCCCACAAACAGGGCGCCCGUCGUGUCCCUCCUCGUUGAUCUCGGCCUGCCUCGCCGGCCACAUCCUCUCCCUCCCAUACCACCUCCACCUCCCGUCGUCCUGCGCGAACGCAUCGCGCUCCCCCCGCCGCCAUGAACGACGAAGAGGCAAUCCAGAAUAUCUACAAGAAGAUCGAGCGGGAGAAGGCCCUCAUCAACGCCGCAAAUGCCAUGCGAGCCCAGACCAACAACGAGGCUGUCCGCUCCCGCCUCGACUCGCAGAUGCGCGAGGGACGCCGCAACCUCCAGUUCUUCGAGGAGAAGCUACGCGACAUCCAGAUGCGCCGCGUGAGCCAGGGCGUCGACGGCAUGUCGCUGGGUGGCUUCGAUGCUGGCGACGACUCGGCCCCCGCCCCGCCGCCCAAGGACGCCUCCGGCAAGUACGUGGCAGAUCGAGGCUCCCGAGGAUCUGGCUCCGGCCAGAUGGGUGACCUGCCGCUCCCGCGUUACCCGAAUACAGGCCCGGGUCCCAACUCUGGAGGCUCCAAGCCCCGGCCCAACUUCACCAAGCUAGACUUGGUCAAAUACGAUACACCUCAUCUCGGGCCCCGCAUUCAGCUCAUGCUUUCCCAGCUCAAGUUCAAGCUCGACGUUGAGUCGCAGUAUCUCAAGGGAAUCGAGAAGAUGGUUCAACUCUACGGCAUGGAAGGCGACCGGAAGAGCAAGGCCGAUGCCGCUGCUCGUAGGGUUGAGAGUAAGCAGAAGAUCGUGCUCUUGAAGCAGGCAUUGAAGAGAUACGAGGAACUGCAUAUCGACAUGGACACGGCCGAUGCCCAAGAUGAUGACUCCAUCAAUACCCCCAGUCUCAGAAAGCCCCUCAGCGGACAGCUGUCUAUUCGAGUCAUAUCUGUCAAGGAUGUUGAUCACGCUGCGACCGGGAGAUUCACUCGAGGCCCAGAGACGUUUGUUGCCGUGAAGGUCGAGGACACCGUCAUGGCGCGUACGAAGGCAUCUCGAACCGAUCGCUGGGAGGCCGAGUACCACAACAUCGAAGUCGACAAGGCCAACGAGAUCGAGUUGACCGUAUAUGACAAGCCCGCCGAACACCCCAUGCCCAUCGGACUGCUCUGGGUGAGAAUAUCCGACAUCGUCGAGGAGAUGCGUCGUAAGAGGAUCGAGGCCGAGAUGAGCAGUUCGGGCUGGGUCUCCGCCGACAGGAUGGGUACCUCUAACACUGGAGGACCUUCUCAAUUCCCCAUGAGCCCCUCUUCUGGAUCUUUUGGGCCAUCCCCUACGUCGCCUCUACCACAGACCCCAGACCAGGGCGGCGCCUAUGGAGCUCCUGGCCCCCAAGCCCCCCAGGUCAACGCGGGCCCCAUCGAUGGGUGGUUUAACCUCGAGCCUACUGGUCAGAUACAGCUUCAGAUGAGCUUCGUCAAGACAAACCAGGACCGACGCCAGGUCGAUUUGGGUCUCGGACGAAAGGGUGCUGUCCGCCAGCGCAAGGAGGAGGUUCACGAGAUGUACGGCCACAAGUUUGUGCAGCAUCAGUUCUACAACAUCAUGCGCUGUGCUCUCUGCGGAGACUUCCUCAAGUACUCGGCCGGAAUGCAGUGCGAGGACUGCAAGUACACUUGCCAUACCAAGUGCUAUUCCAGCGUGGUCACCAAGUGUAUCAGUAAGAGUAAUGCUGAAACUGAUCCGGACGAGGAGAAGAUCAACCAUCGUAUCCCUCACAGGUUCACGCCCUUUUCCAACGUCACGGCCAACUGGUGCUGCCACUGUGGUUACAUCCUGCCAUUUGGAAAGAAAAAUUGCAGAAAGUGCUCAGAAUGUGGUCUUACUGCUCACGCCCAAUGUGUGCAUCUGGUCCCAGACUUCUGUGGCAUGUCCAUGGCCGUGGCCAACCAGAUUCUGGACGGCAUCCGGACACAGAAGCAGAGACAGGCCAAGGUUACGUCCCUUUCCGAGAAGACUCUGCGGCCCGGCAAGACGAGCCCGACCAGCAGCGGCCACUCGCAUGCCCCUUCGUACUCGAGCACGAACCCAUCUACCUACGGCCAGCCCCCUGUUUCGCCAGAGGCGGCAGAGGCGGCCAAGGUUAUGUACAACCAGCCCUCGCAGCAGCAGAGACCGGCACACCCCGAUCGGGCAUCAUCAAGCUCGGCGGCUACAGCAGCAGCGACAGCUGCCAUGACCGGAAUGCCUCAGCCCCAGCGACAGCAGUCUGAUUUUGGACAGUACGGAGGAUACGACCAUCAGCAAGAAGAUCCGUAUGCUCAAGGUGGACAGUAUGGCUCCCCCCAGCAGCAGCAGCAGCAGCAGCAGCAGCAGCAGCGAAAGUACAACCCUGCGGACUACGCCAACGUCAACCCAAGUUACGGAGGACAACCCCAACCCCAGGCCCGACCUUCCCAACAGCCGGCUCAGUCGCCGCCGCCGCAGCAACAGCUUCCCUCUCUGCCGCCACAACAACCCCAGCAGCCCCAGCAACCCCAGCAGGCCCCGUAUCACCAACAGCCAGCGCCUUUGCCUAAGCCUCAAGCUGCUGAGCCUUUGGCCCCUACCUCGCCGGCUACUGGCCCUGGUGGCCGCAAGGCACUGCCCCUGGCUACCGAUCCCGGAACUGGUCAGCGCAUUGGUCUCGACCACUUCAACUUCCUGGCUGUGCUGGGUAAGGGUAACUUCGGAAAGGUCAUGUUGGCAGAGACCAAGCGGUCACGAAAGCUGUAUGCAAUCAAGGUUCUCAAGAAGGAGUUCAUCAUUGAGAACGACGAAGUGGAGAGCAUACGUUCAGAGAAGCGUGUGUUCUUGGUGGCUAACCGGGAGCGACAUCCUUUCUUGACCAAUCUCCACGCCUGUUUCCAGACCGAGACCCGAGUCUACUUUGUCAUGGAGUACAUUAGUGGUGGUGAUCUCAUGUUGCACAUUCAGCGAGGACAGUUCGGAACUAAGCGAGCUCAGUUCUACGCCGCCGAGGUCUGCUUGGCACUUAAGUACUUCCACGAGAACGGUGUUGUGUACCGUGAUCUCAAACUUGACAACAUCAUGUUGACGCUUGAUGGCCAUCUCAAGGUUGCUGAUUACGGUUUGUGCAAGGAGGAUAUGUGGUAUGCCUCGACGACGAGCACCUUCUGCGGUACUCCUGAGUUUAUGGCCCCCGAGAUCUUGCUCGAUAAGAAGUAUGGACGUGCUGUCGAUUGGUGGGCGUUUGGUGUCUUGAUUUACCAGAUGCUCCUCCAGCAGUCGCCGUUCCGAGGAGAGGAUGAGGACGAAAUUUACGACGCCAUUCUCGCCGAUGAGCCUCUGUACCCCAUCCACAUGCCCCGAGACUCUGUUUCUAUCCUCCAGAAGCUCCUCACUCGUGAGCCCGAUCAGCGACUGGGAAGUGGACCUACGGAUGCCCAGGAAGUGAUGAGCCAGCCAUUCUUCCGCAACAUUGUCUGGGACGACAUCUACCACAAGCGUGUGCAGCCUCCGUUCAUGCCGACUAUUAAGAGCGCGACGGAUACUAGCAACUUCGACUCCGAGUUCACUAGCGUGACUCCAGUUCUUACUCCAGUCCAGUCUGUCUUGUCACAGGCCAUGCAGGAGGAAUUCCGAGGCUUCUCAUACACUGCCGACUUUGAAUAAACGACUACGUUGCGCAUGAGAAUGAAUACGAUUUGCAUUUCUACGAGAAUACGACGGUGCCGCGGUGAGGGAUUGUCUUGCCUAUCGGAUACCCAGGAGCGAUGAUGGUUAGACGGCCGGACACCGUGGUUUU